AUGGCGACCGCCGUGGCGUCGCAGCCGCGACACUUCACCCUCGGCGGCGAGCCGAGGGCAGCCAUCUGCGCAGCCAGCACAUCAAAGAUUUGCACCCUGGACAAAGUAUAUGGAUUCAGGUUCGUAUGCAGAAGUGUUGUUGAUCUAAGGAGUAAAAAAUUCCAUUCUCAAAUUUCUAAGAGAAAGUGCUAUUUAACAAGUUCACCAUCGGAAUUUGAGAAGAUCAUUUUGAGUGCUAGAUGGUUAGAAUUUAGGAGACAGAGGAUAGCCUUUCAGAGAACUAGAAGGCGGGUUCACAGUAUUCCAUUGGCUUCUCAAGAUGAUGGCAGUGGUGUGUCUGUUAAUGGAGUACCACAAGUUGAUCCAGCAAGUCAAAUGAAGGAAAUAAGGGUGAAAUUGGAUAAAGCAUUGCAAAAUGAAGACAUAAGCACUGGCCUUGUCCAAUCAAUACAUGAUGCUGCGAGAUCUAUUGAAUUGGCUUUCCUUGAUCACAGCAAAUCAUCAAUAGACUCUUGGUUCCCAAAGAUGUGGCUUGGUGUUGAUAACAAUGCAUGGAUAAAAGCGCUGUCUUACCAGGCUGCUGUUAGCUCGUUACUGCAAGCAGUUAUCGAUGUUUCGUCAAGGGGGAACGGCAGAGAUAGAGAUAUUAAUGUAUUUGUUCAAAGGAGUUUAUCCCGCCUUCUCAGCUCUCUAGAUGGUGUUAUACAGAAUGAAUUGGCUAAAAGGGAACCUUCACUAUAUCAGUGGUAUUCAUCUAAUCAAAAUCCAUUGGUGGUGAGGACAUUUGUGAACACUUUUGAAAAUGAUCGACGAUUUAAUUCUGCAACAGCAAUAUGCAGCGAAGGCAAGCCAAUGGAUACUAGUGAAAGUGACCUUUCUUUGCUUGUGCUUGGUCUGUUCUGUCUUGCUGCUAUUACGAAGCUAGGAUCAGCAAAAGUUUCUUGUCAGCAGUUUUUCUCCAUGGUCCCUGAUAUUAUUGGCCGAUUCAUGGAUAUGCUUCUUGAAUUCGUUCCUAUAAGUAAAGCGUAUACCUUGACGAAAGAUAUUGGUCUUCAGAGAGAAUUCUUGUGCAAUUUUGGUCCUCGUGCUGCUGUUCCUAAGUUUGCUAAUGAUCAUGGACUUGAGAUAUCAUUUUGGAUUGAUCUGGUUCAGAAACAAUUACUAAGGGCUCUUGAUCGUGAAAAGAUAUGGUCAAGACUGACUACAAGUGAAACUAUUGAGGUUUUGGAAAAGGACCUAGCGGUAUUUGGUUUUUUCAUUGCUUUAGGCAGAAGUACACAAGUAUACCUGUCUUCCAAAAGUCAUACAGACUCAAAUGAUUCUGUCAAUAGUAUUGUAAGGUACCUUAUUGGUGGGAGCGUCCUAUAUUAUCCACAGUUGUCCUCGAUUAGUUCUUAUCAGUUGUAUGUGGAGGUUGUUUGUGAAGAGCUUGAGUGGCUUCCAUUUUACUAUGAAGAUGUGCCAACGCCAAUAGUUGAUACUGAAGGCAGAGAAGAAAUGCCUAAAAGAGAACUGAUAUCAAGGGUGCUAAAUGUCUGCACUUAUUGGUUGACUAGUUUUAUAAAGUAUAGCUCAUGGCUUGAGAACCCCUUAAAUGUAAAGGCAGCACGAUUCCUAUCUAAGGGGCAUGCCAUGUUGAGCGACUGCAUGACUGAGCUUGACAUAGCAAAAAAUAAUAUGCCUAAAGACCGAAGUUUUCAAGAAACUGGAGUAUUGGUUGAUGCGCCUGAGCUAGCUUCCAUUGACAAGUUUCAAUUAUUGCAGUCACUUGAAAGUGUUGAGGAAGCUUUGGUUAAGUUAGAAAAUUUGCUUCAAGAAUUGCAUCUUUCCAGUUCCAACUCUGGUAAGGAGGAUCUAAAGGCUGCAUGUUCCGAUCUGGAAAUGAUCAGAAGACUGAAGAAGGAAGCAGAAUUUCUUGAGGCUUCCUUUCGAACAAAAGCAGAAUAUCUGGAGGCUGAUACUAUUAGCAGAGUGUUACCUCCUGCUGGCGAGGGAGAACACGGAAAGACGGGCAGCAUGGUUAAUGAGGUUUUAACACCACAAAAACCAGUAAAUAGGAUGGAGAACAAUCGUCGUCCAUUUUGGGACAUUUUUGGUACGACUGCUGGAAGGAAAAUUGUGCCAGCACAACAAGCUGUGGAUCAGGAUGCUUCUGCUGCCAAGGUGGAUCAAAUAGACAUGGAGUCAAAUGACAUCCGCCGCUUCGAACAGUUGAGACGUGAGUUGAUUGAGUUAGAAAGGAGAGUGCAGAAGAGUACAGAUGGUGCUAAAAAAGAGGAGUUCCAGGAAACGGAGGUUCCAGAUGAAACAAUGAGCCCUUCUGAGUCAGCACCCCCUCUGUCAGGGCCUUCUGGUUCAGUAAUCAAGAAAGAAAAUGUUAUUACAAAAUCGGUAGAGAAAGUUAAGGAGAGUACAACGAUUGUGUUGCAAGGGACACAGCUCUUAGCAAUUGAUACAGGAGCUGCUAUGGGUUUACUGAAAAGAUCUCUUAUUGGGGAGGAACUAACUCAGAAGGAGAAGCAGGCUCUUCAGAGAACCCUGACAGAUUUGGCAUCUGUCGUUCCAAUAGGAAUACUCAUGCUUCUACCAGUCCUCGUUGGCGCCACCCACGGUCCUCGCUAUUCGCUUGCAGGUUCGGGCUCCACGACCCGGAGCGGGAGGGCAGGGGGCCCUCUCCGACGACAGCUUGGUUACUGCUGUUGGGCAUGCUGCUAUUUUGGCUUUCAUCCAGAGAUAUGUGCCUUCCAUGAUCCCAUCCACAUAUGGCCCCGAGAGGUUAGAUCUCCUCAGGCAGCUUGA